AUGAAACAUUAAAGAUUUCUAACUCCAGCCAUUCUUAUCUAAAUAAUCAAAAUUAUCGACAAGUUCCAACUUCGAUAUUUAUAGAACAGGAUAACAUUAGCUUUGUAGCUUAAAAUUGAAUUUCUUGCAUUAUAUAUUGAAUACAAAGAAGAUUAUCCAUUUUUUUAAACCUACUUAGGAGCGAAUAUCAAGAAUGAGAAAUAAGAUUUUGAUGAAAUGCUUAAAAUAAUAAAAGAUAGGUUAUCCUAAUCAUUUGACAAUUUUAACCAAAUAGAAUCAAAAAAGAAUAUUUUCGGAUAAUUGUAAUAAACUAAUACUAACUUGAAAAUUGUUUAGGAAUUGGUAUGGCAAUAUCUUUAAUUUGCUCAUGAUUUAUUUAAUCAACAUAAAUGGAAUAUGUAUGAUGAACUUAAUAAGCAUCUUGUAUAUAGUUAUUUGAUAGAUGAUAUUGAUUAUGUUACAAAGAAUGAACUUCAAUAUCCCUCCUUUUGGUUAAAAUAUGACACUCUUAUGAUUCCUCCUGCACUAGUUAAUUAAAGCGUAUAUAGUGAUAUGAUUUUCAGCUCCAAUAGAGAUUAGCAAAAAAAGGUUCUGUCAUCAUACAAUAAAAUUUCAAACUAACUAGUGAUAUAUUUAUUUGAAAUACGAGAACUUUUAUCAUAAUUUGCAAAAGUGAAACUAAAAAUUUAAAUAUUUCCUAGUUUAUUGAAUUUUAAUUUUAUUAGAAAUGAUAAUCAAAAACCUUAUUACCUUAACACUCAGCAUUUUGAAAAGUUUGUAGAAUAGAACAGCAAACGUUAUAAAGAAACAAGAUAAAACAUAAACUAUUUUGAAAAUUAUUUAGAGAAAAACAAUAAAAUAUCUUUGAAUAUUUUUGAUUUUUAUCCUUAUGACUAAAUAAGUUCAGGAUUGAUUUUAGUUCAGGAAAAAUAUAGAGAACAAAAUACAAAGGAAUUCUAAGAAUAUUGGCAGAGUUUAUAUAAAUAAAAAUACCCUGUGAAGGGAAAUAUUGAGAGCCUUUAGAUAAAACCUGUUUCCUUUAAGUAUCUGCAUUCUUUAAAUUGUUCUGUGAAUUCCAGUUUUGAAUUCUUAUAGCAUAUAAUAGAUCCAGAAUCGAUGAUUUGCAGCUAAUGUAAAGAAUAGGUUGAAGAUUAUGGAACCCUCUUUUAUGACAUCACAUUCUAUAGGUUCUAUCAAUGCUUAAAAGGCGUAUUGUUAAGUCCCUAUUAUACGGAUAUCCCAGGAGUUUACAUUUGUCCAAUUACAUUGAGGUUUAUUGGAGCCAAAAAGACUUUUGAGAUCGUAUCAGAAAUUUUGAACUAAAAAGGAGAAGUUUUGCUUGAACUUUACAAAUUAAAGUUGAAAUUUGAGCCUGAGGAAACAGUUCCUUCUUAUUUAGAGGAUGACGAUGAAGAUUAUGAAAAAAUGAAUGAAAUAAGAGAAAGAAAUUAAGAAUAGAUUUUAAAUUACAAUAGUGAUGAGGAGCAAACAAUAUGA